AUGACACCGCAGCUACCUGCCUCCGACAGCAAGCCCACGACGCAGACCGGAACCACACGGCCGACCGCCGGUACAGACGUCAGUAAGCACACCCAGGCGCAAGACACCACCCGAUUCAGUCACGCCAGCAGCACCAGAUCUAUUAGGAAUGGUGUGGAGGGCGGGUUAAGCGAUGAGGGUGUGGAGGAUGGGUUCAGCGAUGAGGGUGUGGAGGGUGGGUUCAGCGAUGAGGGUGUGGAGGGUGGGUUCAGCGAUGAGGGUGUGCAGGGUGGGUUCAGCGAUGAGGGUGUGGAGGGCGGGUUCAGCGAUGAGGGUGUGCAGGGCGGGUUCAGCGACGAGGAUGUGCAGGGCGGGUUCAGCGACGAGAGUGUGCAGGGCGGGUUCAGCGACGAGGGUGUGGAGGGCGGGUUCAGGGACGAGGGUCUGGAGGGCGGGUCCAGUGAGGAGGGCGGGUCCAGCGACGAGGGUGUGGAGGGCGGGUCCAGUGACGAGGGUGAGGAGGUCGGGUCCAGUGACGAGGGUGUGGAGGGCGGGUCCAUUGACGAGGUUGUGGAGGGCGGGUCCAGUGACGAGGGUGUGGAGGGCGGUCACAAUGUUAAGUUUGAGACGGUACACGGUGCCAUACCGGAGCUGUUUCUGCUGAACUCUGAAGAUGAGGUGGUUGAGGUUGGGGGUAGUGAUGAGGGUGUGGAGGUGGUGUCCGGGUUGGGGGUAGUGAUGAGGGUGUGUUGGUGGUGUCCGGGUUGGGGGUAG